AUGGCCCGCACGAAACAGACCGCACGCAAGUCCACGGGGGGCAAGGCCCCCCGCAAGCAGCUCGCCACCAAGGCGGCGCGCAAGUCCGCCCCGGCCACGGGCGGCGUCAAGAAGCCCCACCGCUACCGCCCGGGCACCGUCGCGCUCCGCGAGAUCCGCCGCUACCAGAAGUCGACGGAGCUCCUCGUGCGCAAGCUCCCCUUCCAGCGCCUCGUCCGCGAGAUCGCGCAGGACUUCAAGACGGACCUCCGCUUCCAGGGCUCCGCGGUCCUCGCGCUCCAGGAGGCCGCGGAGGCGUACCUCGUCGGCCUCUUCGAGGACACGAACCUCUGCGCGAUCCACGCCAAGCGCGUCACGAUCAUGCCCAAGGACAUCCAGCUCGCGCGCCGCAUCCGCGGCGAGCGCUCCUAA